AUGCUGCGCAUAGCCUCUGUCGUACCAAGACCAACUUCAACGGGACUCAUCGGGAAGGUCGUCGGUUCACAAACAAAUAUUCGCAGCAUAUCCUCAACGUCGUCACGGCAAGCGGACAUAACAUUGACGGUGGACGGGAAGGAAGUCACGGUCCCGCAGGGUUCGGCGUUGAUUCAAGCAUGCGAGGCCGCUGGCUCUACGAUACCUCGGUUCUGCUACCACGACAGACUUGCAAUAGCAGGUAACUGUCGAAUGUGUCUCGUGGAAGUAGAGCGCUCUCCGAAGCCGGUAGCAUCAUGUGCGAUGCCGGCGAUGCCUGGGUCGAAGGUAUGGACGAAUACGCCGUUGGUUCAUGAAGCUCGUGAGGGUGUUAUGGAGUUCCUGCUGGCAAAUCAUCCUCUCGAUUGCCCUAUCUGCGACCAAGGAGGAGAAUGUGACCUUCAAGACCAAUCAAUGCGCUACGGCUCUGACCGAACGCGCUUCCACGAAAUCACUGGCAAGCGCGCCGUCGAGAACAAGGACCUGGGCCCGCUGGUUAAGACAAGCAUGAACCGGUGUAUCCAAUGUACCCGCUGUGUGCGCUUCGCCAACGAGGUGGCAGGUGUGGAAGAGCUGGGUACGACUGGGCGAGGGAACGACAUGCAGAUCGGGAUGUACGUGGAGAAGACGAUGGACUCGGAACUAAGCGGCAACAUUAUCGAUUUAUGCCCUGUCGGUGCUUUGACAAGCAAGCCAUACGCCUUCCAUGCCCGUCCAUGGGAACUGAAGAACACCGAAUCCGUCGACGUUAUGGACGCUGUUGGGUCAAAUAUCCGAGUCGAUUCUCGUGGCGUGCAAGUAAUGCGUAUACAACCGCGGACAAACGACGAUGUCAAUGAGGAGUGGAUCAGCGACAAGACACGUUAUGCUUACGAUGGCCUGAGGUUCCAGCGACUGACCACCCCGUUGAUCAAGCAAGGUGACAGAUUUGUGCCAGCAACGUGGGAGGAAGCUCUAUUGGCGGUUUCCAACGGUCUGGCCGCCUCGGGCGCUAAGGGAGACGAGAUUCAGGCUAUUGCAGGUCACCUUGCCGACACCGAGUCGCUAGUGUCUCUCAAGGACCUCAUCAACAAGCUCGGCUCCGACAACCUCGCCCUCGACCAGGUUGGCGGUUCAUCAGCGCCAGUCCACGGCGUUGACGUCCGCUCGAACUUCCUGUUCAACUCAACCAUCCCAGGUGUCGAGGAAGCCGAUGUCAUUCUCUUGGUCGGCUCAAAUCCACGGCAUGAAGCCGCCGUCUUGAACUCCCGCAUUAGAAAGAGCUGGAUCCAUACUGGUCUCGAGGUUGGGUUUAUUGGCGAGAGAGCAGAUACCACGUAUGGGUACGAUUACCUCGGCGCCGACGCGAAGGCUGUAUCGGACUUUGUCGCAGGAAAGGGCCCUUUCGCCGCCAAGUUCAAGAACGCUAAGAAGCCUUUGAUCAUUGUCGGAAGCGCGUUGGCUGAACAUAAAGACGGACCUGCCGUCUACAAUGCCCUUGCGAAGUAUGUAGAGACCAACAAGUCACGGCUGGUUACUCCGGAAUGGAAUGGGUUCAGCGUGCUUCAGAGAAUUGCGUCACGACCUGCCGCCUACGAGGUUGGCUUUGUUCCUUCAAAGAAGGCAUCACAAACGAAGCCCAAGUUCGUCUAUCUCCUCAACGCGGACGAAGUCGAUCCAAAGUCGAUCCCUCAAGACGCGUUCGUAGUCUACCAGGGACAUCAUGGUGAUCUAGGAGCCCAAUUGGCUGAUGUCUGUCUGCCUGGGGCUGCGUACACAGAGAAGAGCACAACAUGGGUAAACACUGAAGGCCGGUCACAAUUAGGGAGGGCCGCAGUCCCCCCGCCUGGUGCCUCCAGAGAAGAUUGGAAGAUCAUCCGUGCCAUCUCCGAAUACGUUAAAUCGCCGCUACCGUAUGACGAUGUCCUUGCUCUCCGCGACCGUAUGUGGGAGAUAUCGCCAUCGUUAGUGAGGUACGACAUCACGGAGAAGACGUCGGUGGAUGUUGCGCUUGCUGGAUUGAAGUCGCUGUCAAAUAAGACGACUGGGGCCAAGAUCACGGGCGAGGCAUUCCAGAAACCCAUUGAAAACUUCUACCAAACAGAUCCGAUAUCAAGAGCAUCUGUGACGAUGGCACAGUGUACACGUGCUUUCGUGAAGGGAGAUAAUUAUGGCUUCAGUGAUGUUGGCCGAGGGGCUGAGGCUGCCUUCGCAUGA